GGUGGUCGCGCACAUCAAGCUCGGGGGACUUCGCUCUCCAUCAGAGCAGAGGGAUAUCAACAAUGUUCCGGCGGAGCGAUAGGAUGCAGCUUUCUGCCAGCAGUGACAGACCUCCGCUGGUCACGGUCAACGGCGAACUGGCGACAAAGGAACCUACCCGCCACGGAUCACUGUCUGGAGGACUAUUCACCACUCGCAGAGCACGCGAGGCAACCCCCCAAAAGACACAGCGGAAGACAUACAGGGGGCAUGGCAGUCACCGCGACUUGUGCAGCAGCCCCAGUACGCCGCCGGCCAAAGCUGCUGGCACAUCUGCAGCACUGCUAUGGCAGCCACCAAGAGACCUCACGGUCAAUACCACUGCCGGAAUGCCGCAACAGCAUACCGCAACCAACGGACCCUUCUCGGUCAACGCAGAGCUUCCCGUGCGAUGGACGGACUCCAGGAAUACACGGCCGCAUUUGACUGCGGCAUUGGGAUUGAGCCGAGCGCAAUGCACCAAACCACCGACUCUGCGGGUAGAAGGGGUUGCACCACUGAGUGAACGUGAAGGUCAAAGCAGAACAUCCGGAAGAGAGGCGCAGCGAGUCCAACAGCAGAAUGCCUGAAGCCGCUCUUAUCAAGAUCUUGGAUUCAAUUGCAAAAGCGACAGCGGCCGAUGAGGGCAGUCUACCAUCUGUAGGGGCAUCUACAAAUGCGGACCAAGCAAGAAAGUGGGUGGAUUCUUGUGCAGCUGCGCGGCCAUCGCUGUCGUGAAGCUGAGGGCCAUAGCAAGUCAUCCUCGUUGGCUUCUACAUGAGCGCCAUGCCGACGCUCGCUUAGCCCGAUGUGGCAAGGUAGAAAUCAGAUUCCAAGCGCACCAGGUAAUGGCAGGGUCGUACGCACGAAAAGGGCGAAUUCAGUCGAGCUCAUCAAUUUCGGGCCAGAGCUGGGCAGCUCAAAACAGACUCAGUGGCCAUCAUAUAGCCACAGCAUCAAGGCGGGUGAUUUGGGUCCGAAUCUCAGCUAGUGGUAGCCAUGUUGCGAGUGAGCACUGGUACGUUGCAGAACCAAGUUCUGAGGGCCGAAUAGAUGUCCUGCUCCAGGUCUCAUCUGACUUGCCAAUGCAAGGACCAAACGCAUGACCAGCAAGCAUGGCGUUGUUGGACACGCACGGCAGAUUGCGUUAUGUAAGCCUUGGGGUCGAUACCAAUCCAGUUCGACUUUGACGAAGCUGAGGUACUUUUAUAUUGUGGUAUACGCAGACCCACAGCGAUUUCAUCUCCACAAUCCAUAUGAGUCCCCAUUCAGCAGGGAGCGCUGAUGUUUGUGGCACAUGGAGCAACUGAUCCCGACUACCAGUAUGGCUGCGAAACAACGGGACCAGCCAAGGCAAGAACAAGGUCCUCUACCUUGGGAAGAGAACAUGCAUAUCGCGCUUUGCUCUGCCAGUCUCGACCUGCUUUUUUUUGGAAGAGUAUCCCGUGGCGAUUUGCGGCGGUGCUUUGCGCGCGGCAAUGCUACGUUAAUGUUCCUGCAACAGCCACGCCCGAACACUUCUUCUUGGCGUUGUCAUUUUCAAGCUCGACAUCGUCGCCGCUAUAUUCGGACGCCUGAUCGAAAACCGGUAGAAUAGUAAAACUAUUAUUAACAGGUCGGCGUUGUACUCGCCUCGGGGCUGGUAGAAAAGAGUCGUCGUCGUUGUCGUCCUCGAAGCUGCUUACGCUUUCUUGCUUGACUGUACUUAGUAAGUUGCUAAGGUAUGAUCUAUAACCCCAACUCGCCUGCGUCGGUACCAAGACGCGAUGGAAGUUGGCGGGACCGUACCUAGGUACUUGAUGAGUUGCUCGGGAAUGAUCUACGACAUGCCAAC